UAAGGGUAUGAACAAUACAGUAUACCAUAUAGGGUAAUAAUUCGUGGACAGGCUCUGUGAUCGACCCUUUAGCAUGACACAUGCCCUAGUAGUAAACAAAAGUCUCUGCCUAUAAAUAUGAACCCUUUUGCAUUGGCUGGCAUACAUCAACAAGCAAAUCAGAGAAAACAUUAGCAGAAAUAGGUUUAUAUUUCAACAAAAUCUUAUAAAAAUGUCUUUUGGCUAUGAUGACGAUAUUGCCGGCGUUGUAAUUGACAACGGUUCCGGUAUGUGUAAGGCCGGUUUCGCAGGUGACGAUGCGCCAAGAGCCGUGUUCCCAGCAGUGACAGGUCGACCAAAGUACGACAUGUGGAUGGCAGGCAUGGGUGGUAAGGAUACAUACGUUGGAGAUGAAGCACAGAAUAAGAGGGGAGUUUUGUCCCUGAAAUAUCCGGUUGAACACGGAAUUGUCACUAACUGGGACGAUAUGGAGAGUAUCUGGCAUCACACUUUCUACAAUGAACUCCGCGUGGCUCCAGAACAACACCCAGUGUUAUUGACUGAGGCCCCAUUAAACCCGAAAGCUAACCGAGAGAAAAUGACCCAAAUCAUGUUCGAAACUUUCAACACACCAGCGUUCUAUGUGUCUAUACAAGCAGUGCUUUCAUUGUAUGCUUCCGGGCGUACCACAGGUGUAGUGUUCGACUCCGGUGAUGGAGUUUCACAUGUGGUUCCUAUCUACGAAGGAUAUGCUUUACCGCAUGCUAUCGAACGAGUAAAUUUAGCAGGGCGAGAUCUGACGAACUAUUUAUCCAGAAUAUUAAACGAACGAGGGUAUAGCUUCACGUCUUCCUCCGAGAUGGAAAUAGUUCGUGAUAUCAAAGAGAAACUAUGUUAUGCUGCUCUGGACUUCGAAGAGGAAAUGAAUGUUGCUGUAGGCUCGUCUCAAAUAGAGAAAAGUUACGAACUUCCAGAUGGAGAAAUUGUUACUAUUGGCAACGAACGAUUUCGAUGUGUUGAGUCACUGUUCCAGCCAUCAUUCAUUGGCAUGGAAAGUGCAGGUGCGCACGAACAACUAUACAACAGUAUAAUGAAAUCUGAUAUAGACAUAAGAAAAGAUCUGCUAUCAAAUGUCGUACUCUCAGGGGGUUCAACAAUGUUUCCCGGCCUUGCAGACAGAAUGAAAGUUGAAUUAGACAAUUUGGUUCCCAGUACCAUGAAGGUGAAGGUUCUUGCUCCACCAGAGAGAAAGUACUCAGUGUGGAUUGGUGGCUCUAUCUUAUCAUCUCUAUCUACGUUUGGUCAGAUGUGGAUCUCUAAACAGGAAUACGACGAGUGCGGCCCAAGCAUUGUACACAGAAAAUGCUUCUAAGAUAGAGCAGAACUCGAACUAUUUGGUGCAAUUGUCUUCUAAUCACUUUUGUAAAUAGUUCUAUAUUAUUUAAAUGAACAUGUAGCAC